CCUACCAGCGUCGCGCCACGAAAACCGAUGCAGACCGGCGUCAAUUGCAAACGCUGAGCAGGCUCCGCCGCGUAGUGCACGCUCUUCCGUCAUGGGAUGGCCGUCGGCCGCGAUGCUGCUGCUCGUCGUCGCUCUCCUCUGCAUCGCCGCUCGGGGCCCACAGGCGGCCGAGGCGGCCGCGGCCACCAAGCAGCCCGCCAAGUUUGAAAGCACCAAGAUCACCACGGCCUUGCCGGCUUCGACCGCCGCAAAGCUGCGGGCAGCCCCAGUGGACGAUGACGGCAAGAACGACGUCCAGGACAGGCCUGUCACCAGCGGCGUCGAGCUAGAGGAUUACGAUGACGCUGCCGACGAGCUGCCAAGCACAGACUUGAAGGCACGGACCGAAUUGUCUGCAACGCCUGCCGAUGAAAGUGACGAUGAAGAUGACGAAGAUGACGACUACGAUUCCACGGACGAAUUCGAUGACACGACGCAACCGAGCGAGUCGACGACCAGUUCCACGCCGACCACUGCCAAGGCAGUGGGUUCCACUCCCACGGCAGAGAAAAACACUGUGACCAAAAGCAGCGGGGAGCAAACGCUGCUGGCUGCUGCUAAUGUCACAGAAGUUAGCACAGUGCCGGCCACUGAGCCGUCUGCCAUGAGCCACGUCGCGUCUUCUGUGACGGCAACAGCGACGACGACUACUACUUUAGCCACAAGUCCGUCGACCAUGAUUACAACAGUAUCUUCCGAGGCAAUCGCUGUGCCAGCCACUUCUACAGAGGGCGGCACAACGCUGAAAACCGAUGCGACUACAAGCGCCGUCCAAAGUACGACAUUACUAGUGGAACCUACUUCUUCAGUGAGUGGUACUACUGAGAACCCCGACGUAACCACAGCGGUCAGAGAUGGUUCGGAUGUCACAGUGAAGUCAGAUGUGGAAGCAGAAUUCAGUGGAGACAACCAAAUCGCAACUUACGAGGGAGCAGCCUCCUCACUCUCCGUGAGGGCCGUCGAGUCUACUUCUUCUACCACCACGACGCAGUCUUCAACCACCGAAUCCACUACCACAGAAUCAACUACUACGGAGUCCACCACUACCGAAUUAAUGACUACGGAAACGACGGAGUCCACUACUACAGAAAGCACGACAGCAGAAACGGCGAGUACAGAAACAUCAACGACAGAUUCUUCUACAGCUUUGUCUGACGAAGCGUCGACGAAUACCGAUAGCACCACCGAGUCUGAUUCCUCGACCUCAAGUGAAACGACAUCCGCAGUAACCGGAAUGGAAGGCUCGACUGGAAGUGGAGCGAGAGAAAUGGAAGAUUUGGAUGACGCUGGAGGUACGACUACUCAGAGUGCGUCAGAGAUCACCACGGUCAGGGAUUACGAGCCCGAUUUGAACGCUGUUAUUAACCAGUUCAUGACACAGAUCCUGCCUUUAACAACGCGGUUUCUCUCUGACACCAACGUUUCUGCUGACUGCGUAAACCAUUUGUGGAAAGUGUACCAGGGAUUUCGUCGGCAAGAAGCUUGGGCGCUCAGGUUGGUCACCUCAUCGGGACUGAUACCAGCCAACCUGUUCGAGGGCUCCCUAAGCAACCUGGGCAGCUACGAGCAGUGUCUGCGCACACGUGCGGUAAACAAUGAAGGGGAAGUGGAAAUCCAAGGACGAUACUGUUCGCUAUUCUUCCGACCGCCACCACUCUACUACAACCGCACCAGCGAGCAGUUCAAGGCCAUGGGAGAAAUGCAGGGACGGCGCAGUCUGCUGAAUUGGGAGAAGAGGGAACGCGGCUACGUCAGCUCUGACGUUCGAGUCGGCCUCUGUAUUCCCUCUCGCUGCAGCGCCCAUGACGUUUCACAUCUGGCUAACCUAAUCGUCCAAGAAUAUGGCGCCCGAGCUGUCGUCAAGAACUGCAGAACCAACGAGUCAUUUACCAUGUCAGAUCUCCAGGUCGGAAUUCUGUGUGCUCUCGGAGGCUCUGUUGGGCUCGUGAUCCUAGCAACACUGGUGGAAAUCUGCCUCUUUUGCUGCUCAAACCACAAAGUGUCGGACCCCAAAUAUGACGUGGUUCCAGUGAAGGUGGUCAAGUGCUUCUCGCUGGUGCACAACACGAGGCGGCUCAUCAGCACCCACUUUGACACCAACUGCCCCCGCAAGCCGGUUCGCUUCGUCUACGGAGUUAAAGUCUUCAUGAUGCUCUGGAUAAUUCUCGGCCACAGCUACUACACCUCCAACUUCCAGACACUUCACUCCGGCUACCGGAUCAUGGACCUGUAUAGUCAGGUGCACGCGCAGCUUCUCGGCAGCGCCUUCUACGCCGUUUCCACAUUCUUUUUCAUGAGCGGCUUCGUAUUGGCGUACUUCAUGCGGCAAAGCAAGGACGAAACCAUCAUGCGGCCUUUCAUCGCGCUCUACAUUUUCGCCGUGGUGCGACGUUAUCUAAAGUUGACGGUACCGGCAAUGGUGGUGGUACUCUGCUUCUUCCUGUUCCCGCUGUUCAUAUCGGGACCUCAGGACCAGGACCUGAUGGGCCAGGAGCUAGAAGGCUGCAACGGGAACUGGUGGACCAUUAUGGCCCAAAUAGUAAACUUUGUGCCUACCGAGAAAAGGUGUAUGCAGCAAUACUGGUACAUCAGCAGUGACAUGCAGAUAUUCCUUGUUGCUGUACCGAUGUCCAUCAUAUUUGUGAGGAGCCCGGCAUGUGGCUUCUCCUUGGCGCUACUGCUCAGCGUUCUGGCAUCUGUGGCAGCGGGUCUUGUAACGUAUAUGAAAGACCUGAAACCAUCUAUCGCGUUCACAAUCGACGACUACAGCCGCAAUCUGGAAACUGCCGAAUUCGUCCACGAACUUCCUUACUCUAAUUUGGCCACCUACUUCAUGGGAAUACUCUCCGGUUACUGCGCUGCUACUUGGAAUAGAGCGUGCAUAAACAAGGUGCUGCAGGCCUUCCUGUGGAUCUUGGCGCUGUGCCUGAAUGUGUUCUUGGUGUUUGUGCCGUACGCGUGGAACCGGUGCGAGACGGACGAUUUGAAGCAGCUGUACGCGUCCUUUUACGGUGGCAGCUACCGCUACCUCUGGGGCCUCUCCUGGUGCUGGAUCGCCUACGCAUGCGCCACCGGAAGAGGAGGGAUCCUCUCCAGAUUCCUAUCCUGGAAUCCCUUCGUGGUCCUGGGAAGGCUGACGUUUGGCGUGUAUUUAAUUCAAUACGUCGUCUUCAUCGCCAGGCAAGGGGUCAGCACAAACACAUUGCAAGUCAACGAAUUUCUACAGGUCAAAGACUCUUUGGGCAUUGCCGUGAUCAGCUACUUCUUCGCCUACCUCCUGUACGUAGUGUACGAGGCACCCGUGUCCGGCAUAACGCGGAUGAUCUUCAAGUUCCACAAAAUCCGCAAAUCGGGAGGAGGCUCCAAGAAGCGGCCACAGCAGCCACAACCCGAGUCGCCGCCUCCAACUGCGACCACGUCCGAGCCGACCUCAAACGGCUCGGCGGCUGCGCCCAUGAUCAACGACUCCAACCACACCAGUACCACCAUUCCUGAAGAGCCUUAGUCCGGAGCUCCAAUCACGUGCCCAAUCCAGGAGCGUACGGCUGUGUCACAAGCAUCGGUGUAAGGAGAUGGAGACACGACAGCGUGUAGUUCAGAUUACCCAGCACUUUCAACCAUCUCUUGCUGAACCCCAGUGGUGAUCGAGAUCAAGGUGUCUUUGUGAGGGAUCACCAAUACCAGCUACACUGCCUAAAAAGAAACCAACUUCACGUUUUCAAUUAACUAGUGUAUCUCAACUCUACGAUGAAGUGUGGUUCCCAGUGUACUUCUGGGUCACGUUAGCGAAGUGAUUUCAUUUGCCUUGGUAUCACAUCGCUGAUUAGAACUCCUUGUCGCAUCCAGAACCACUGUUGGAAAGGGGAUUAUGAACGGCACAGCAAAACCACGUGAUGUCGUGGAAAUGAGUGGGAUAACGUUUGUCUGCCGUACUCUUGCAUGCUGCAAUUAGUGGCGUGCGCCAACAAAUUGAAAGAGAAAAAAAAAGUCAGGCUGCCCGCUGCUGUAUCAUACAAUGGGCCACUUCUCAACGUACGGGCCUCUGCGUGCUGUGGGACCCCGGGAAGGCCAUGAUAAACGUCAAUGCCAUUUGCAGCAUUACAAAAUAUUUCGUUGACGUGAAAGAAUGUAGAGCUUCUCGACCACAGUGUUUCCUCCCAUGCCGGAUGCCAAGCACGAACACUCGUACGGCCCGCGAUAGAAGCCGUGAAAGUCAUAGUCCAUUCCCAGGUUGCCUAUAUCUUUGUUUCCUCUGUGUGUGAGUGUGAUGUGUCUUUCACGCGCGUUGGUGCCUUGUUUUCGAGAGUCAAGAAGACAGUUAUGAGGUUCAGCUGGACUUGUCUUCAACGAGUUCGAGGUCGACUGCUCACGAUGACUGUUGCAAGAUGUCUUGAGGGACAAAUGUAUUAAAGAGUUGUUUGCUACGAAAUAUUGUUGCUGAACUAUGCCUGCUACUUGUGCUAUUUCUAUUUUCUGCGCCUUGCUGCUCGAGGCUGUGAAACUACUUUUUUUUAAUGAAACUCGAAAAAGAUCGCUUACAGUGCGAAAACCAAAAUAUGCACACAGGCUGCUCCACAAAAAUUUUUUAAACAUAUUUUGAAAUGCUUCAAGGCGUAGUAACCAUGCAUUUACAUGACUCUUCAAGAUUGUUGAGCUCAAGCCAGCGACGAGUCUAGCAUGUGCGUAGCACGAAAAAACGCAAAGGACGAUAGCUAUUCUUUGCCUUUUUUCAGCGAACGACUUCUAAGUUGAUGAGUUGGGUUUCAUUGCUCUAUAUACCUCAUUACUAAAAGAAGCAUUCCCUGUUUCCGAAAUGAUAAAUCCACGCUGUCUCUCAGCUGUAUCAAAACAAAGUGGUGAAUAGAUGCUGCAUCCAUCAACGUAAUGCUAUAGAGAUGAAGCCUCGAAUUGACAUUCUUUCAGAGAUCAGGAACACUGUAAAGGUGUGUCGGAAAACUACAGUUGCAUUUGUUUCAAAUGCCCUGUUCACCUUAAAAAUGGUAUACAACCUUGUUUCUUACCAGAUCGUCCAACACAGAGUCACACACAGGUUAAUGCCAGUGGGAAUUGUAGAUACAAAUGUACAGUUACUGAAAAAUAAUCAAAAUAGUUUGAGAAAGUUGGCUAGAGAAACAUUUUAUUCUUGCUGUUAAAGGCACGUUUUUCGCAAAAGCUCAAUUAGGCAAGCCCUCUGUGUCAUGGUGCUCGGCAACAGCAGCUACCUCGCAUUUGCUAAGAAACCAGCAAAGGCGGCUUAUUUUUCUACGGGAAAUAAGACUAACAAUCUUUUGUGGGCAGCUAAAAAGUGUGCCGCUUUUCAGGAUUGUUUCGCCACCAGUGUGUUCUAAGGAGCGCACAGUUAAAGCGACCACACACUGCGUACGAACAUAGUGUCGUGACUCAAUUAAAAUGGCACACAUGAUAAAAAGUUGGCAUAGCCACUUCUUGAUUGAGUAUCGUUUUCGUUAACAUAUGCAUCCUAUGACAACAGUACAUCAUAGUACGACCACUGCGAGUCGUAGAAACGUUGUGGUGAUGAGUGUGGCUUUUGUGUGGGGCAGUGUUCUCAGUAGAAUGUCUCCUUCCAUACGAUGGUAUUAAAAUAGGUCGAAGCGUAUUUUUCGCCAGUAUUGUGGCAAUGCUUACUUAUUCGCAAUUGGUAUUGUUUAUUUUAAAAAGAAGCAGUGCUUAUACAUUUGCUAAACCCCGGAAUUCCAUUUCUGCUACUGGAGCUCUAAAUCAGGACCCGUCUUCACAUACUUUGGGUCCACGGAAUGACUUGAAGACGUUCAACGUGGCUACAGUAAGUGAUCGCAAUGGCAGAAGCCAUUAGAUCACAGAAGUGGUGGUGCGCCUUUUUUUAACUCUGGAUAUAGAAGUUCAGUCGGACGAUUUCAAAUUCGGCGUGCAUGUCGGAUGCCCAAGUACCAGUACACGCAAUCUAAGCACACAGACGCUACCUGCUUGGAUUGCAAGACGUAUAAUAAAAAGUGCGUAAAAGUUUUGGCUACUUUUUGUAGAAGCUCACCCCUUCAAUAUGACUGAGGCGUUCACCCAAAACACAAGCAUCUUGUUGGCGUAACAUGGCGGAGCAAAUUUUCUCCGCCUGGUCUCUGCAUAUUUAUGCUGCUUUUUGAAAUUACAAAUCAAGACAGUUUACUGACAAUACGAAGUAAUAUAGUGAUUUAACUAAGUUGUGCACGUUCUGUAGCAUUUAUCUAUGGUCCCCCACAAGCAGCAGUCCUAUAUGCUGCAGUUGAAAUUGUAAUGAAACCAACUUUCGUAGACCAGUGUUACAUCAUAUAUUUAGCACCGGUUGAGGUGUUAAUGAUUCAUUGCGCUCGGUGGAUUGUUUCACAAUGUUUUUGCCGAUGUACCCAAUGCAAUUUUGUAUAGUGCUGCUCAUUUCGCUCAGUGUUCUCUAAUGCUUGCUGGGUUAAGUUCCAUUUAUGUGCGUUUAAUGUACAAGGGGUAUGUGAAUUGCACUCGCAAGCUACUACAAAUUGAGAUAUCAGUACCAGUGAUAAUGAUGACUGAAAAAAGCCUAUACAAUUUCACACUCGUUAUUCAUCAAUAUAAACACCUGCAGUUAUAAGCAGUUACACUAAACAAAUUUCGAUGUAAAAAACAUGUCUACAUAAGGCUAAGAUUAUAAUUCAGUGUCAUGGCAGUAUGAUAGGUUCCCUCAAGUUUACAAAAUUCAAUAUAGACGUGACGUAGGCUGCAUCUUCUGUAUCGGUGGUUCUGACCCAGUGAUUUGAAUGGUCGGGAAAGAACAAAACAUUGUGAAGCGUCUGGCUGUCAACAAGAUGAACGUCAUAAAAAAGUUCUUUCUAUAAGCUCCCAGGCAUUCUGCGCCUCGUAUACAAGCUGUAGAUAGCGCAAUAAUGCACUGCGACGUCCCAGUUGUGCAUAUUUUUAACCUCUCGUGCCAGAAGUUGGCAGGCGUAUAUGUCAAAAAAAAAACCCAGAGUUUACAUUGAUGUAUUGUCAUUGGGCCACACUUAUCACGAUGUGAAAUACUUGUUAGUAACAAAGACUGCGUAAUCACUGAAAUACGGGAUGUGAUAGUAGGUUAACUGUGCUUAUCGUGCACCUAUAUACAAGAGUCUAUCACUCACCUAGGCUGUGCAAACAAUGCAAGCAAAUAAUGGUUCACACUGACGGGUGGGAAAAGCAACGUUAUCUUUGCUAUUUGCUGCUUAUCCUUGUUUGUUAACGUUGUUUUCUUGGAUACGGGACAAGAGUAUUUCGCACAGGCUCUAUUGAACUCUCGUUAUUUAUGGUCUACAUUUCUUGUGCGUUUUUUGUUGAAUACUGUGACGCUCAGGCGGUCUCCUGUAUUGUUAUGUUUUGUCCCACAAACCGCGAGAGUGUACAAAUCCUUUCAUGUGAAACCAUGUACGUUCAUUAUUUUGUUUAUACCAUGAAAAAAAUAAAACAUGUUACGACAUUUUUAAA